AAACCGUGCAGAAAAAAGGAAGAUUAUUAAUCGUUGACCAUGGCGGUGGACUUAACAUAAGUAAUAAAAAUGGCGCUGAGGAGCCUGUGUGUGGUACUGUUGGUGGUUCUAGCACCACCGGCGUUAGCGGCAACUAUUACGGAUACUUACGGAAAUGUGGCCUAUGAUAAUGGCACCAUGUCCUGGGCAGAUCUACCCUCAGGAAUCCCGUAUAAAACGAACAACGUCUAUGACGAAGGAUCUCUGAAACCCCUGUUUAGUUUAGUGCAUGGAUUCAUUAAUACCAUUCAGCCAAAUGCGUUUCCAUUCUCAUUGAUCAAGCAGGUGUUGAAUGGGAGUUUUGACAUUUCUGCACAGUAUAUGGAGCUGGUUAACUAUGCCAUGGGGUUCGGAAUCUGCUUUGUGCUUGGUCUGUUGUUCAUCGUCUUCCUGCCGCUGUGUGGCUGCUGCUUUUGCUGUUGUCGUUGCUGUGGCAACUGUGGAGGAAACGGCAAACAAAUCUAUGAGGAAAACGAAGGGUGCAAGAGAAUGGGACUUGCGCAGGCAUUGUUCUUAAUGGCUGUGGUCAUGGCAGCCUCGGCGGGCUGUGUUUACAUGACGAACGACCGUUUUACUGUGGCCCUGCAAUAUGCAGACACCAGCAUCGCUAACAACCUUGAUGAUAUCAUGUCCUACGUCAACAAUACGGGGAUGCAAUUUAAAUAUGUAGCUGUUGACAUGUAUGCCAUUGUUGCCGACGCCCUCAUUCGGGAUAUCUCGGGCAUUGGAAGUGUAUUAGCGACUGCCAUCUUCAAUGUAUUGAAUAUUGACCCUGUGAUCAAUGCUGUGAUUUCAUUGGACCAGUCUUUGUCGGCGAUUAAAACUGCCCUGGAUCAGGUGGUUACGGACCAGACCGCUUUAACUUCCGCCGCCAACGCACUAGAUUCCGCCCUCAAAACACUGAAGAGCGACAUCGACUCUACAAAGUCUGGCUGCAACGGGCAGUGUAGUCCGAACACCGUGUGUGAUGCAAUAGAUACGUCAGUGCUAGCUGUCUCAAUAGACUUCUCAGCGAUUCCUGAUCUCUCGUCAACACAGAGUACAAUCAACAGUGUAAUAGCCAACAACCUUACAGGACUAGCGUUGACGGCAAAAGCAAACCUAGACAACAUGGAAAGUACGAUAAAUUCAUCAACGUCCAGCAUUCAGUCUUCUCUCCAGUCCACGUUGGAUACCUUCAAAACAACACUCAAUACCAUGGUCGACAGUCUUCUUGCACAGCUCAGCGGGGCUUUCGAUUCCUCUUCUCUUAAAGCAGAUUCAAAAAGUUUUUUCGAGACUGCUCUUACCUAUGAUGUGUACAGACAGUAUUUUGGAUACGGGUUAAUGGGUCUGUUCACACUGAUUCCUGUGCUUAACAUCGUGGGGAUAUGUUGUGGAUGUUUGUGUGGAGAUGGUGACGCAAUACCCACAAAACGAGGCUGUGGAUCAAGCUGUGGCGGAUGUCUCAUGAUGAUGUCGGUGGCAUUGAUGUUUCUGAUUGGUUCCAUGCUCAUGUUUUUGACAACAUUGACUUUUAUGAUUGGAGGAAAUUUCGAGAAGAUUUGCCAGACAUUUUUGGAUUUGACCAUUUUCAAAGACUUCAUAGAUGCUGGGGCUAUUUCCUCUAUUUCCCUUGGAUCAAUGUUGCUCGGAGAUCCCAAUGCUAAUAUAAGCAUUUACAAAGCUUUACUCGGUUGCCGACAGAACAAAGCCCCUUUUGAGCUGUUUUCUUUGGAUACACUGGUGCCCAUUGAUAACUACUUGAACUACAGCCAGUACAUGGGUGAUAUUGACACUCAGAUCAACAGCAUCUCCACCAGUAUAGACCUGAGCAGUUUCCAGAUUCUGUCCAAGGACUUGGAGAACACGCUGAAUGAUUUUAAAAAUUCCGGAAUCGGAAAUCUGAAUUUCACAGUCAUCAAUGACACCCUGAACCAGGAUCUUGGUAACAUUGACUUCAAUGCCCUGAUUGCGACGAUGGAGACCAUCAAGAGUUCAUGUACCGGCCCUACCCUGACAAAAUGGAACCAGCAUAUUGCAGACACAGAGACGAUACGGGACACAACCUAUCCGGCGGUUACUACGGCCAAGACAAAUCUUCAAACUUCCAUGGGAUCUCUCGAGUCUGCUGUGAGUGGAAUUGUGCCAAAAAUAGACGACGUAUUGACAACUGCGAAAGCCGCAGAUGACGUCAUACAAAAUAAUGUGUCGAGUCUGCUAACAACGGUAGCUUUGUCAUAUAAAAAUCAGAUUUUGGGAUACAUUGAUUCUUACAUCGCUAGGACCAGAUACCUGAUAUUCUUUGAACUGGCUGCCUGUUUACCCCUUUGGAACCUCUACGAUUCCUUUACGACCAUGUUCUGUAAAUACACAAUGGACGCACUGAAUGCGUUUUGGUUCAGUAUCGGCUGGGGGCUGUUGUUCUUUAUCCCUGUGAUCGUGAUCGCUGUGAAGCUGUCCAAGUACUACCGGAAGAUGGACAAGUGUGAGGGGUACGGCGAGGAUGACGACGACGACGACGCCGAGUCCUCGGGAACUCCGCACGAUUACGAUAAUUAUGGACGCAUUUUCAAACCAAAUCCGGAACCUCCACGCUAUCAAUACCGCAAAACGACAGAUUUUUGAGAUUCGAAUGGAUGGCUAAAAAUGUUCUGAAAAUGUACAGCUGGUCUGUACAGACGACAUGUACUUGACGACAUUUUGACACACUUGUAUAAAUAAAAAGUGCAGUGAAAUGAUAUAUUUAUUUUUUGUUGAUGUUGAAUAUUUUAGAAUAUCAUGUAUGACAGCAAUUUUUGUUUUAAUAUUUAGAUGGCGACUUAAUUAUUUAUUGUUAUUCAUAUUUAUUUUACAACAUUUAAAAAAAUUAAUAAGCGUGAGUAUUACAGGACAAAAUAAUGCAUGGGGAAAAACCACGUAGACAUACUUGUUUAUUUGUUGUUGUCUAAUAAGGUAGCAUUGUAUAUUUGUUGUCGGUGACUAAUAAGUAGCAUUUCCAAUUUUGCUAACAAAUCACAAUCAUACGUUAUGAUUUAUUUAAAAACUGUAUCUUUUGUUGUACAUGGAUAUAUGUUUUUUAUUUCUUUAUCUGUUAUUUUUUUUGUUCAUUAAGUAGUUACUGAAAUUAAAAACACGUACUUCA